AUCUAGAAGCGCUGUGACAGUCGAGCAUCAAUUAAUCGUCGGGGCCGAUUCGUCUGCGAGGUAAAUGGUCGAGUUAUUGAUUUUGGGCAGCGCUGUGGCACUCGACUGACCGGCGAAGAGGCUGUGAUCCUUGGGAGGAAUCGCCACUCGAGGAGCGGCCACGAUGGCGGAUCGCAAGGCGGAAUUGGAGAGGAAGAAGGCCAAACUGCAGGCCAUCCGCGAGGAAAAGGAGCGGCGGAGGCGCGAGAAGGAGCAGAAAGAGGGUUCAUCAUUACAGUGGUUUCGGAAAAUGCAAGCCAAUCUAGAAGAUGCGACUCUUAGGGUGGCGUCGCAGGGCGCGGGCAGCAUGGACCAGCGCAAGGAGGUGGACGACAUGCUCAGCUCGCUUGGCGUGGCCCCCGUGUCGGACGUGCUGUCCUCUCUGUCCAGCCUCUCUUCCCUGCCGGACAACGGCCACGCGGGCACCACGCCCGAAAACAGCAUCCAGCCGAACGCGGCGCUCACGGCCGCUCAGCUCAAGGCAGCAAAGAAGAACAAGCUGACUCAGCUGAGUGUGGUUCCUGUGCAGCUGACCAACAUCCCACCCUCUGAACUGGUAGUCUAUAGCAAACAAACACAAACGGCCGGCACGGGCCCCGAGCGAGACGGAUCCCUCUCCCCAUGUUCUUCCUCUUCUUCCCUCAAAGGAUACUUUGAAGAUUGGUGGAGGCCUCGCAAAGGUUCUACCUUAGAUGUAAGCUGCAGCCGUAUAUCUCAUGCAUUCGACUAUUACGACGAAUACAAUCUAAACCCAGCUUUAGAGUGGGAGGAUGAAUUCACAGCCGAGGACGAGGACCACUCGCUGCCGCCGCACCUGGACGGGGGCGGCCUCUUCCAGAGCAAACUGCCCCCUGGAAUCUUGCCGCACGGCCUUCCGCAGGUCAAGGAGGUGCAGCCGGCCAUCACGGCCGUCGAAACCGAGGCUGCCAAACACGAGCACGAGAAAGAAAUCAAGGAACUGAGCGAGGAGCAGAAGCAAAUGAUAAUUCUUUCCGAGGACUUCCGACGCUUCAUCGACAACGCUGGGAGAAUCAUGGAGAGAGCUCUGUCAGAGCAGGUGGACGUCUGCAUCGACUACACCGGGCUCCUGGACGGCGACGAGGGAAGUGACGAGAAAUCUCGGGCCCGGCUUUCGCUGAAUCGCGUGUUCGUGGACGAGCGCUGGUCCAAGAGCCGGUGCGUGACCUCUCUGGACUGGUCGCCGCACUACCCUGAGCUGCUGCUGGCCAGUUACCACAUCAACGAAGACAGCCCGCACGACCCCGACGGCGUCUGCCUGGUGUGGAACACCAAAUUCAAGAAGACCACGCCCGAAUACAUUUUCCACUGUCAGUCGCCGGUGAUGUCGUCGAUUUUCGCCCGCUUUCACCCAAACCUGAUCCUCGGAGGCACGUACUCUGGCCAAAUCGUGUUGUGGGACAACCGAGUGCACAAACGGACGCCGAUCCAGAGGACGCCGCUGUCUGCGGCGGCGCACACGCACCCCGUCUACUGUCUGAACGUGGUCGGCACGCCGAAUGCACACAACCUCAUCUCCAUCUCGACCGACGGCCGGCUCUGCUCUUGGAGCCUGGACAAUCUGUCCGCGCCGCAGGAGACCAUGGAGCUGCAAAACAAACAAGGCAAGGCCAUGGCCAUCAAGAGCCUCGCCUUCCCCAACAACGACGUCAACAAUUUCGUGGUUGGCUGUGAAGAAGGUGCCAUUUGUACAGCUUGUAGACACGGGUCUCGAGCAGGUGUGAUAGAAACUUACGAGGGGCACCAGGGACCAGUGACCGGCAUCCACACCCACAAUGUGGCCGGACCCAUCGACUUCUCCCACCUUUUCCUCUCCUCCUCUUUCGACUGGACCAUCAAGCUGUGGAGCUUAAAGGAAAACAAGCCGCUGUAUUCGUUGGAGGACAAUGGCGACUACGUGUACGACGUGGCGUGGUCGCCAACUCACCCAGCCCUGUUCGCGGCCGUGGACGGCUCUGGCAAGCUGGACCUCUGGAAUCUGAACCAAGAGACAGAGGCGCCUAUGGCCAGCGUCAUUGUCGAUGGUGCUCCUGCUUUGAACAAGGUUUCGUGGACUCAGUCUGGCCAGCAUGUGACGGUCGGCGACGAUCACGGCAAAAUCUGGGUUUACGACGUUGGCGAGCAACUGGCCACGCCGAGAGCAGACGAGUGGAGCAAAUUCGCCAACACACUGCAAGAGCUCAAGUUUAACCAAGUAGAAGAGGAGGUAGACAAAGUUACGAUGAGUGCUGGCCAAGGCAGCGGACUGAGCAGCCUGGCGUCCUCCCUCUCCUCGAGCCCCAACCCGAUAAGAUGAUCGCCGCAGCUGAAUUGAAUUGAUAAAGAUAAAGCAUCUCUCACACAUAGUAAUUUAUGAAUGAUUGGGAUAAACUUGGAUGCCUUUCCAGUCAGCCGUUUCUGUGCAAUAUCGGUUGAUAUUUUUACUCGCAUCUCGAGCGAGAAAAUUAUUUUUUAUUAAUUUAUUGCUCCACAUCAAUAAACGGUGUGUCAAUUAUUGUAUAAUAUGAGUUGUACAGCAUCUUCAAACACGCCUCACUUUGUUAUUGUUAUUUCAAAAGCAGUAAUUUGAGACGUGGAUCGCCUAAAAAGACGGAUGUGCAGCUAUAGCGAACCCAUUGUAGACCGAAUCCUCUAGUUACCAUCCAGAAAAAAAUCAGAUCCUGGCCUCUCUUCUGUAGCUAUAACGCGAUAGAGCAUGGUACAUUUACUGCUGCACUGCUUUUCAAAACAUUUUCCCGUCUAGUAUACUCGUCUCGAGUAUCCGUAACUGAUCUAAUUCUAUGCUAAUCUUAUUAAUGUUCCUCCUCUAGUGACCAAAAAUGCGUUAACUCAGUUGAUAUUCAAGCAAAAAUCAGAUUUAACACACAAAAAAGUCAUUGGAAUAAAAACAUCUGCAGAAAA